AAAUGGGCAGCAUGUCUUGGGUACUCUACGCCACCGUCAUCACUCAAUCCUCAUCGGCUCUGUUUCCGAGGCUUCGUUUCUAGCAAAUCACAGCCUUUGCGCUUGUCAAGGCUUCUUCUGGCCGGCCCACUCCGGUCUUGUCAUCCCACGACUCUCUUGAAAGAGAGACGUAAACAUGAAGAUCUCGCUUCUGUUGGGCUCGGCCGCCGCGGCUCUGGUCGCCGGCACCGCUGUUUCUGCGCAGGAUGUUCAGGUCAUGCGCAGGGACCCUAUCUACGACGGCCCCAUCCCGGUGAGGGAGCUCGUCAGGAGGAACCACUUGGUACCUAUCGAGAGGCGUUCAGACCUCAUCGAGCGUAGGGCUCUCAAGAACAAGACCUACACUUUGGACUGGCAGAGGCAAAAGGCCACCCUCUUCUCAGCAGAAUGGCAAGGAUCUUCACCCAGGAUACCGGUAGCUCCCAUCCCAGUGCCCAUCUCUCAAGCCGUCAGCGGCGGGUUCAGUCUUACCAUGCAGUGCACCGACUGCAAGACGUACGGGAACAUCAUCGCGGUGCUCGACGACAGUUUCACUGAUGGCGACGGUAUCCAAUACCUCUUGACGUUCAACAACGUUGGUGCCUACAUGGACCUGUCGCUGUUUGCAAGCGGCUCGGGCACCUACACCAUUGGUCUCGGAACAGCCUUUGGUCCUUCCACCAAUGUGACAGGCAAGGUCUUGUCAGCCAACUUUGGCAUCUCGAUGGACCUGAUCCUGCAGGUGACGGGCAAGGUGCAAGCCAAUGGUGGCUUCCAGAUCUCAAUCCCCGAUGGCGAACAAGUUGGCUUUGAAGCAGACUUUGACUUUAACCCAACCAAACGAGAUGCCUUCAACCUCACCGGUCAGGUGCGCAAAGCACCGCGAGUCAACUUCUCCCUCCUCCCACUUGCAACCUCGGACUCCAGUGUGAAUAUUACGGCGGCCCUGCGCAUGAAGGUCAACGCCGGCAUGAGCGGCACAUUUGGUCCAGACGACUUCCCCGGCCAGAUAAGCCUCGAAGCCGCCGUGGGCGCGCACCUGACCGUGGUCGAGGCCAAACUCGGCUCCGUGGUGGGCGGGUCCGAGUCGACGUGCAAGAACGCGCUCUUUCUCGACGUCGACUCCAACGGUGGUGCUUUUGCCCGCGCCGGCGGCUCCAUCGGCACCCAGUCGUUUCAGCGCGGGCCGUCGGCCACAACCACCUUCUUCGCCGCCGGCACGACCAUCUGCCUGGGCAACAAGAAGCCCACUCCGCGCUUCAUCGCCACGACGCCCGAGGUCCGGGACGGCGGCGCGGGCGCGGCAUGCCCUACCACGGCGCGCGUCACCGAGUCCACGACCGUCUCGUCCGUCUACACGCUGACGACGUGCGCCGUGCCCGAGAUCAACUGCCCGCCUCGAUUCGAACAGACGGUCGUCGCCACGCACGUCGAGACAAUCAAGACCAUCAAGUGCCCCGGCGUCACCCCGCUCCCGGCGCUGCAGACGCCGCCCCCGACCGUCGCCCCCGUCGCGCCCACGGGCAUGCCGGUCAACCUGACGCAGGUGCCCAGCCCACAGGUGGCUACCGUCCCCGCGUAUGCAAACUUUACGCUCCCGGCCAACGCGACCGCCGUCACGGGCGCGUUUGUCGCCGUCACGCCGCCGCCCGAGAACCAGGGUGGUGGGGGCGACAACAAUGGUCCGGGCGACAAGAAGAAUUCCGGAAUCGUAUUGGAGGCUCCGAGGUUGUGGACCACCACAGCUGCGAUGUUGGCUGUGGGUUUUGUAAUGGCUUUGUUAUGAUACGACUCUAUUUUUUUUCUUAUUUCUGUUAUGAUGUCUCCAUUUCUCUUUCCGUUUCUUGUUUCCUGUUUAUCCUCAAUCAGCAGCAUCUGUACCAGGCAGUUUUGUUGGGUGCCUGGAGCACGGCGUUUGGUUGCAUACCUUACUAUUGAUACCACUAUAUCGUUUUAUUGCAGAGUCAGAAUUCUUAUUCCAGGUUAUCGUACCACCUAGUUUACAAAAUCCAAU